AUGCCGGCUUCCAGCGGUCAUAGUUAUUCAUCCGGUUCUGACAAAGAUCCCAAAGCUCCCAUAGCUAAGCCGAGAGCCAAGUUAAUUCGCGAUGAGGGAGCAAAGCCCAUCGUACCCUCGAAUGAGCGUAGAGUUACUUUCGCCGAACUCGUGAAAAGAAAAGCCGAAGACGAUGAUAAAGAUGCUCGUCAGCGCACAAAGGAUCGAAUCCGGCGCAAAAUACAGAGAGUUGAGGAAAAACGCCAAUUCUUAGACGGGGUACCCUCUGAUUCUAAUGCUGAUGCUGCUGAAGAAGAAACCGCCUGGGACGUCACCAAUAGUCAUGACAGUGAUUCCAAAGAAGAGGAUUCUGAGAAGGAUAGUGAUGAAAACUCUGAGAAAGACAGUGAUGACGAAUCUGACAACUCAGAUGGAUCUGACGAGUAG